AAGGCAGGGCUCAGUCACCUUAUAAAAAGCCAGCUGGCCAUUGACUUGACACCAUACCAGAGCGACCACAAAGCCUGAUCUUCUCUGUGUACCAGGUCCAGCCUCCUUUGAAGCAUGAGUUCCCACCAGCAGAAGCAGCCUUGCACCGCACCCCCCCAGCUCCAGCAGCAGCAAGUGAAACAGCCCUGCCAACCUCCACCCCAGGAACCAUGUGUCCCCCAAACCAAGGAGCCGUGCCACACCAAGGUGCCAGAGCCAUGCCACACCAAGGUGCCAGAGCCAUGCCACACCAAGGUUCCUGAGCCAUGCCACACCAAGGUUCCUGAGCCAUGCCACACCAAGGUGCCAGAGCCAUGCCACACCAAGGUUCCUGAGCCAUGCCACACCAAGGUGCCAGAGCCAUGCCACACCAAGGUUCCUGAGCCAUGCCACACCAAGGUUCCUGAGCCAUGCCACACCAAGGUUCCUGAGCCAUGCCACACCAAGGUGCCAGAGCCAUGCCACACCAAGGUGCCAGAGCCAUGCCACACCAAGGUUCCAGAGCCAUGCCACACCAAGGUGCCAGAGCCAUGUCACACCAAGGUUCUGGAGCCCUGCCAUCCCAAGGUUACUGAGCCAUGUCCUUCAACAGUGAUUCCAGCACAAAUUCAGCAAACCAAGCAGAAGUAAUGUGGCCCACAGCCAUGCCCUUGAGGAACCAACCACUGAAUGCUGAAUCCCCUCCCCUACUCUGCUUAUCUGUUCCACUUAUAAUUAGCAUGCUAUGAUAACCCUCUGAGUCAUAACCCCUUCCUCUUUGCACCCUCUAAAAAGAUGUCCCUCACUCUCAGUCUGAAGGGCUUCUGAGCCCCUGAAUAAGGCUGAAAGUCUCACUGGCUGAGCCAGUUUUCUAGCUGCGCAGGGUGCAUCUAAAGAGUGAUUGAGGUGGGGAUCAAGUGACUCUUCCCUGCUCUGCCCCCAUUAAAUCAUUUUUAACUCCA